AUGGCUUCUUCCAUUUGUUUACUUCUGAUCGGGAAUCUUGUGCUAAAUUUCAUUGUGCCGUGUCUAACGACAGUUUCUUUCGUUGAUCUGAGAGAUAUUUUAAACUCAUCAACAUCGCAUUGCAGCGUAGUGUUUCCUGAAACAGCCCUGACUGACCGGGUUCAGCAGUUUCUCCGCACAUUAGCUGACGUGUCCUUUGCUAACGAAUCAACUGUCUCAUUUGGGAAACUUCGCGAGGUACCACAAAACUGGCCAGAUGGGCGUCCACUUCACAUUCAAGGAAUUGUCGCACCAGAAGAACUCAUCAAUACCGUUUUAAUUUUCAAACGAUCGAGACAAGACAGAUCAUGUCUGCUAGUGCCUGAUGACAACUUUAUAUCGCCGCCAGUAGUUGCCUUUCGUCUGCCUAGCCAGGAAGUCCAGGAAGAGUUUGACCAAACUUUGCAUCGUCUUACAGAAUUUAUUAACGGAAAUUGUGGGACAUUUCGUAACGCAGAUGGGUUUGUAAACCUGAAAGGGAUUCACAGAAAAGACAUUCUUGAUAAUUUAUUCUCGACUUCAAAAUCAUCUUCAGCCGACAAGUCUUUGAAAAAAUGUAUGGAUGCCAGUAAGAUCAUCAAUAUGUGCAUGCUUAAUGAUAACACGAUUUCUGAGUCAUCCACUCCUAUAACAAUACAGACACAUAAUAAAUACUUGGACAGUGGUAAUAAUAUGGAAGAAUGUGAAAGAAUUGAAGUCCCAAAAACAUCCAAUUUUUUUCAUGAGUAUUUAUCUCGCUCCAAGCCGGUCAUAAUCACAGGAGCUGCACGGCACUGGCCAGCAUUUCAGAAGUGGACCAACGCUUUCCUGAAGCAGAAUUAUGGAGAUAGAAAAGUUCAUAUUAAAAUUACCCCUGAUGGACAGUACGAGGGAGUCGAACCAAUAUCGCUGUGGAAGAAUCAUCAGAACUUUAGCAUUCCAGAGUCAGUUUAUAGGAAAUUACCGUAUCCUGACCUUGUUGUUGUUCGACCAGCAAGUAUGGAAAUUAGGUUUUCAGAAUUUAUAGACUUUAUAGAGAAUAUCUCGUUGGGACUUGUCAAGAAUAUGUCAGCUUAUCUGGAAUAUUCCUCAAUCACUAAUUACUUCCCAGAGCUGAUAGAAGACAUAGAAGAAAUGCCAUUCUUUCGGAAUGUUUUGGAACUGAAGCAUCUCAACAUCUGGUUGAGUGAUGGGAACACACUGGGCAAGCUGCACUUUGAUCCUUUUGACAACUUUCUUUGUCAGAUCAGUGGAGAGAAACAAGUGUUGUUGUUUGAUCCCCAUGACAACUCACGUCUGUAUGAAGGUCAUAUACAGGAAGCCAUGUUGACCUACAAUGCUUCUGAAAAUGUGUUCUCCCGAGAGAAACUUCUAGAGAGCACAUCUAUGGUCAUGUCUCCGGUUGACUUGCUACAUCCAGACUUACAGAGAUUUCCCAAGUUUUCCCAGGUUCGACCUCUGAAUUGUACAAUACAAGCAGGAGAUGUUUUGUUUAUGCCAUCUUUUUGGUGGCAUGAGGUGCAGUCCAGACCUAGCAGUCUUGAGCACAGAAACUUGGCUGUCAAUUUCUGGUAUGAGCCAUUUCUAGCCCGUGAGUUUCCUUGUCAAGAGUGUGGCUUGGAUGUCAACUCCCGAUACUUUCACCUUCUUUAG